AGCUUUAAUUUGCAGCUUAUAUGAAGAACAUUAGCGACACCUUCAGUUUCCCUGACUGAAGCGUUAGACAACAACACUGUGUAAAAACAAUACUUACUAAAGGAGCACGUGCAGGCGGGUUGUGAACAUGUCUACAGGUUAUCCCACACCUGUUUACUCCCAUGCUGGACGAGGAGACUUCAGAGACGUUUACGAGCCGGCGGAGGACUCUUUUCUCUUGAUAGACGCCCUGGAGAAAGACGCAGACAGGCUGCAGCUGAUGAGCCCGUGUGUGUGUUUGGAGGUGGGCAGUGGCUCAGGAGUGGUGUCAGCUUUUCUGGCAUCAGUGGUUGGACCUUCAGCUCUGUAUCUCUGCACUGAUGUGAAUCCUGCAGCAGCACAGUGCACAGCGAAGACAGCUUCCUGUAACAACGUUUCACUGCAGCCCAUCAUCACAUCCCUGGUGGAGAGUCUUCUGCCUCGUUUAAGUGGGAAAGUGGAUGUUCUUGUCUUCAACCCUCCCUAUGUGGUCACACCUUCAGAAGAGGUUGGCAGCACAGGUAUAGAGGCCGCCUGGGCCGGCGGGAAGCGAGGACGAGAGGUGACUGACAGAUUGCUGCCUGUGGUGGCGCAGUUACUGUCUAGUAAAGGGUUAUUCUACCUCAUUACCAUCGCUGAGAACAAUCCAGAGGAGAUCAUCUGUUCACUGGGCAAAUGUGGCUUGAGGGGAGAGUCAUGCUUGUCGACGAGAGCUGGAAAUGAGAGGCUGUCCGUCCUGCGCUUCCAAAGGACGUGACAAACAUGGACCUCUCCUGACAGGAUUACAGGACCUUUGAACUGACUGGGAAACAGGACAGUGUUUCCUACAAGAAAGAAAACUGCAAGAGAUUCACCAGAGUUGGUGUAAAGAACAUUUUCUGAUUAUAGUGAUGCACAAAAAAACACAGCUUGAGUAACAAACUAUUUUGUUUUGUGUGACAGAACUAAAGUGCCUCUGAUGUCCUGGUAAAAGUACAUGACCUCAAAUGACCACUUGUAUAUUAAUGAUUUACCCCAUGUUAUGUUGAAUUAGUGAAGAACCCUUUGUUUUUCUCACAACUCAACAGUGAACGAAGAAUCCAAAAACUGAGAAAAUUCUUGAUGAACUGAAGUUAAAGGUGUCCGUAUUGAACAACAGCAAAACUACA